ACCCUGAUAUUCGAUACUGUGUGCUGGCCUCCCUGGACGAGCGCUUUGAUGCCCACCUGGCACAAGCAGAGAACCUCCAAGCCCUGUUUGUGGCACUUAAUGAUGAAGUGUUUGAGAUCCGCGAACUGGCCAUCUGCACUAUCGGCCGUCUCAGCAGUAUGAACCCUGCAUUUGUUAUGCCCUUUCUGCGCAAGAUGCUCAUUCAGAUCCUUACCGAGUUGGAACAUAGUGGCGUGGGCCGAAACAAAGAACAGAGCGCCCGCAUGCUGGGUCACCUGGUGUCUAAUGCCCCCCGACUCAUCCGCCCCUACAUGGAGCCCAUUCUCAAGGCCCUCAUCUUGAAGCUGAAAGAUCCCGAUCCAAACCCUGGAGUCGUUAUCUGUGUUUUAGCUACUAUUGGAGAACUUGCUCAGGUGAGUGGACUGGAGAUGAGGAAAUGGAUGGAUGAGCUGUUCCCUAUUGUUAUGGACAUGCUACAGGACUCAUCUUCAUUAGCUAAGAGACAGGUGGCACUUUGGACUCUGGGUCAACAAGUAGCCAGUACUGGGUAUGUGGUGGAGCCAUACAGGAAGUAUCCGUCUCUCCUGGAGGUGCUACUCAACUUCCUGAAGACAGAACAGAACCAGGGGAUUAGGAGAGAGGCCAUACGUGUGUUAGGUCUACUUGGAGCUCUGGAUCCCUACAAACACAAGGUGAACAUCGGUAUGAUUGACCAGUCUCGUGAUGCUUCAGCCGUCAGCCUCUCAGAGUCCAAGUCCAGCCAGGAUUCAGCUGACUACAGUACCAGUGAGAUGCUGGUCAACAUGGGCAACCUGCCACUAGACGAGUUUUACCCAGCAGUUGCCAUAGUGACUCUGAUGCGCAUCCUGCGUGACCCGUCGCUGUCCAAUCAUCACACCAUGGUGGUGCAAGCCGUCACCUUCAUUUUCAAAUCGCUCGGACUGAAAUGUGUGCAGUUCCUGCCUCAAGUUAUGCCCACCUUUCUCAACGUCAUCAGAGUGUGUGAUGCCAGCAUCAGAGAGUUCCUUUUCCAGCAGAUGGGCAUGGUUGUGUGCUUCGUCAAGAUCCACAUCCGGCCAUACAUGGAUGACAUCUUCACACUGAUCCGGGAAUACUGGACUCCAAACAACCCCAUGCAGAACACCAUUAUUUUGCUGAUCGAGCAGAUUGUGGUGGCUCUAGGCGGAGAAUUCAAACUCUAUCUGCCACAGCUCAUCCCACAUAUGCUGCGGGUCUUCAUGCAUGAUAACAGCCCUGGACGUAGCGUCACUAUCAAGCUGCUCAUGGCCAUCCAGCUGUUUGGAGCUAACCUGGAUGACUACCUCCACCUACUGCUGCCACCCGUAGUGAAACUGUUCGAUGCCCCUGAUGUCCCCCUGCAGGCCCGCAAGGUUGCCUUGGAGACUUUAGAUCGCCUGACUGAGUCAUUGGACUUCACGGAUUAUGCCUCCAGAAUUAUUCACCCCAUUGUGCGCACUCUCGACGUUACUCCAGAGCUGCGAAACACAUCCAUGGACACACUGUCCUCACUGGUCUUUCAGCUUGGCAAAAAGUACCAGAUCUUUAUCCCUAUGGUGAACAAAGUGAUGUUGAAGCACCGCAUCAAUCACCAGCGCUACGAUGUUCUCAUCUGUCGAAUCGUCAAGGGCUAUACUUUGGCAGAAGAGGAAGAGGACCCUCUGAUAUUUCAGCAUAGACAAUUACGUGGUAAUCAAAGUGACACUCUGGUUAGUGGCCCGGUCGAAUCGGGACCUAUGAAGAAACUGCACGUCAGCACAACUGCUCUUCAGAAGGCAUGGGGUGCAGCCAGGAAGGUCUCCAAAGAUGACUGGCUGGAGUGGUUAAGACGUCUUAGUGUGGUCUUGCUGAAAGAAUCAUCUUCACCUGCCCUGCGCUCCUGCUGGUCUCUGGCGCAGACGUAUAUACCACUCGCUAGGGAUCUUUUUAAUGCUGCAUUCUUAUCAUGCUGGUCAGAGCUCAGUGAAGAUCAGCAGGAUGAACUGAUACGCAGUAUUGAGCUUGCUCUGACUUCUCAGGAUAUCGCUGAGGUCACACAGACGCUGCUUAAUCUUGCAGAAUUUAUGGAGCACAGUGAUAAGGGCCCACUUCCCUUGAGAGAUGACAAUGGAAUUGUUCUGCUGGGGGAGAGAGCUGCUAAAUGUCGGGCCUACGCCAAGGCCCUGCACUACAAGGAACUUGAGUUUCAAAAGGGCCCUUCACCACUCAUUUUAGAAUCCCUCAUCAGCAUCAAUAAUAAGCUCCAGCAGCCAGAGGCAGCAUCAGGAGUUCUGGAGUAUGCCAUGAAACACUUUGGAGAAUUGGAGAUCCAAGCCACCUGGUAUGAGAAACUUCAUGAGUGGGAAGAUGCUUUGGUCGCCUAUGAUAAAAAAAUCGACAUGAACAAAGAUGAUCCGGAGCUUAUUCUGGGUCGCAUGAGAUGUCUGGAAGCACUAGGCGAAUGGGGUCAGCUGCACCAGCAGUGCUGUGAGGAAUGGACUUUGGUCAGCGAGGAGACUCAAGCCAAGAUGGCCCGCAUGGCAGCGGCUGCAGCAUGGGGACUGGGCCACUGGGACAGUAUGGAAGAGUAUACCUGCAUGAUCCCGCGAGACACCCAUGAUGGAGCCUUUUACAGGGCAGUGCUUGCUCUACACCAGGAUCUCUUCUCAUUGGCUCAACAGUGCAUUGACAAAGCCAGAGACCUACUGGAUGCUGAGCUCACCGCCAUGGCUGGAGAGAGUUACAGUAGAGCAUAUGGGGCCAUGGUGUCUUGUCAGAUGCUAUCUGAGUUAGAGGAGGUGAUCCAGUAUAAACUGGUUCCUGAGAGGAGGGACAUUAUACGGGAAACGUGGUGGGAGAGGCUGCAGGGUUGCCAGCGUAUUGUGGAGGACUGGCAGAGGAUCUUGAUGGUGCGCUCCCUGGUCAUUAGCCCACAUGAGGACAUGAGGACAUGGUUGAAGUACGCUAGCCUCUGUGGAAAAAGUGGAAGACUAGCACUAGCCCAUAAAACCCUCAUUCUCCUGCUGGGUGUGGAUCCCUCCAAACAGCUCGACCAUCCCCUGCCCACCGCCCACCCUCAUGUCACCUACGCUUAUAUGAAGUACAUGUGGAAGAGCACUCGCAAGAUCGAUGCAUUCCAGCAUAUGCAGCACUUUGUGCAGGGGAUGCAACAGCAAGCACAACACGCUAUCGCAGCAGAAGACCAGCAGCACAAAUUGGAGCUGCACAAACUGAUGGCACGGUGUUUUCUGAAGCUGGGGGAGUGGCAGCUCAGCCUUCAGGGUAUCAAUGAAAGUACCAUCCCUAAAGUGUUACAGUAUUACAGUCACUCAACAGAGCACGAUCGCAACUGGUACAAGGCCUGGCAUGCUUGGGCAGUAAUGAACUUUGAGGCUGUGCUUCACUACAAGCACCAGAACCAGGGCCGUGAUGAGAAGAAGAAACUACGACACGCAAGCGGUGCCAGUGCCAACAGCGAAGCCAGUAACAGUGACAGUGAGGCCGACAGCACAGAGCACAGCCCUGUACCCUCGCCUGGACAGAAGAAAGUCAAUGAAGAUUUGUCCAAGACUCUCCUUCUGUACACAGUGCCGGCAGUGCAGGGAUUUUUCAGAUCUAUCUCACUCUCACGUGGAAAUAACUUACAGGACACACUAAGAGUCCUGACCUUAUGGUUUGAUUAUGGCCACUGGCCCGAGGUGAAUGAAGCUCUAGUCGAGGGUAUUAAGACCAUUCAGAUAGACACAUGGUUACAGGUGAUUCCUCAACUAAUAGCUCGGAUCGAUACCCCACGUGCACUGGUGGGACGUCUUAUACACCAGCUACUCACUGACAUUGGCCGCUAUCACCCCCAGGCUUUGAUUUAUCCUCUGACUGUGGCCUCCAAAUCCACUACCACUGCCCGCCACAACGCAGCCAACAAGAUCUUGAAGAACAUGUGUGAACACUGCAACACGCUAGUCCAGCAAGCCAUUAUGGUAAGUGAGGAGCUGAUCAGGGUGGCUAUUCUGUGGCAUGAAAUGUGGCACGAGGGGCUGGAGGAGGCGUCACGUCUGUACUUUGGAGAGAGGAAUGUCAAGGGAAUGUUUGCCGUCCUGGAGCCCCUUCAUGCCAUGAUGGAGAGAGGGCCGCAAACUCUGAAAGAAACAUCCUUCAAUCAGGCUUAUGGCCGAGACCUGAUGGAGGCGCAGGACUGGUGCAGAAAGUACAUGCGAUCAGGUAACGUGAAGGACCUGACGCAGGCCUGGGACCUGUACUACCACGUGUUCCGCAGGAUCUCCAAACAGCUGCCACAGCUCACUUCACUAGAGCUUCAGUACGUCUCACCUAAACUACUUAUGUGUCGUGAUCUGGAGUUGGCCGUGCCCGGAACAUAUGACCCCAAUCAGCCAAUCAUACGUAUUCAGUCUAUUGCUCCCUCAUUGCAGGUCAUCACCUCCAAACAGCGGCCGCGCAAACUCACCAUCAUGGGUAGCAACGGUCAUGAAUUCAUGUUCUUGCUGAAGGGUCAUGAGGAUCUACGGCAAGACGAGAGGGUUAUGCAGCUUUUUGGCUUAGUGAACACUCUACUGGCUAAUGACCCAGCCUCCCUGCGCAAGAAUCUGAGUAUUCAGCGCUAUGCUGUGAUCCCACUCUCCACCAACUCUGGUCUGAUCGGCUGGGUUCCUCACUGUGACACGCUGCACGCACUGAUUCGAGACUACCGAGAGAAGAAGAAGAUCCUACUCAACAUUGAACAUCGCAUCAUGCUCAGGAUGGCACCUGACUAUGAUCACUUGACUCUCAUGGAGAAGGUAGAGGUGUUUGAGCAUGCAGUGAACAAUACAGCAGGAGAUGACCUGGCCAAACUGCUCUGGCUUAAGAGUCCCAGCUCAGAGGUUUGGUUUGAUAGGAGGACCAACUACACCCGCUCACUAGCUGUCAUGUCCAUGGUUGGCUAUAUCUUAGGGCUUGGGGACAGACAUCCUUCCAAUCUGAUGUUGGACAGGCUCAGUGGAAAGAUACUGCAUAUUGAUUUUGGGGACUGUUUUGAGGUUGCAAUGACAAGAGAAAAAUUCCCUGAGAAAAUACCUUUCAGAUUAACCCGAAUGUUAACCAAUGCCAUGGAGGUGACCGGACUGGAUGGUAAUUACCGGAUUACAUGUCACACGGUGAUGGAAGUACUUCGUGAACACAGGGACAGUGUCAUGGCCGUGCUGGAGGCUUUUGUCUACGAUCCAUUACUCAACUGGAGGCUUAUGGACACAAACACUAAAGGCAACAAGCGCUCCAGGACCAGAACUGACUCCUACACGGCAGGACAGUCUGUCGAAGCCAUGGAGGGUAUUGACCUGGGAGAAACAACCCACAAAAAGCCUGGAACUACAGUGCCUGAGUCAAUUCACUCCUUCAUUGGAGAUGGUCUUGUGCAACCUGAAGCCUUGAACAAGAAAGCCAUCCAAAUUAUCAACAGGGUGCGGGACAAGCUAACUGGACGAGACUUUUCCCACGAUGAGACCCUUGAUGUACCAACUCAAGUGGAGCUGCUCAUCAAACAAGCUACUUCGCAUGAAAACCUGUGCCAAUGUUACAUUGGAUGGUGCCCUUUUUGGUAGAGCUUCUUAUUGUUCCUGCUUUCUUUUUCUUUAUUUUACUGUAAAAUUCACCUGUGAUGGUGAUAUAAACACAGAGUUUGAAAACUCAAGUUGAUUUGGAAAAAUGUGAGCAUAUGUGAAAAUUAAAGUUGUGCUUGUCAAUCACUUCAAUCUCUACGCAACCUCAGAAAAAUCUGAAGAAUGUUAUCUUGGAUGAUGAUGUGUUAUAUGUGUAUAACAUUGUCACUGUUUUGUUUUAUUUGAAAUGAUUUGUACCAGUUAAGCUAAUCUUGCUCUGUUGAUUGCCUGUUAUUUUAUUAAGAACUCAGAAGAACUACCAAGAAAUGUCCAGGUCAAAUAGCAUUGUACAGGAGGCAGACACACUCUGUCAGUUUAAAUCUAGAUUACAGACCCAUCUCUUUAACAUACACAUAACACACGAUCACUUUUCUAUAAAUCAAAUCUGUUAAAGGAUUGUUAGUCUGCACUAACUAGGUCAAGCAGAACACUUCCCCCGUAUCCAGUCCAGAUGGUGGAUCAGCACCUAGAGACGACCUCUACAGCCCUGAAUGUCAGCAGAGACCAUGUCAACUAGACAAACCCUAGAGACAGAUCCCCUGUGAAGACCUCAUCAGUCAUCAUCACAAGACCACGAGAAGCAGAUGAGUCCUCUGCUCAAUCUGACGUGCAUUGCAGGCUGGAAUUAAGCCACACCAUACUGGUUUUUUCCGGCCAGAGGAGAACUGACCCCCCAACUGAGCCUGGUUUCUCCCAUGCACACCGAUG